AUGAUUAUUUAUUGUAAAUUAUUAUUUGUUUCGGUAGUAUUCAUUACUGCUUCUGUAUUCUUUCACGAAAGUUUUCGUGGUUCAGCAUACGAAAAUAACUUCCAAAACUACUUUUCCAUUGUAUUCACAAGUUUUAAUUUUUUCUUUCUUGGGCUUGCCUUAUAUACUCAUAAUUUGGUAAGUAAUUCCAAUUAUAGAAUUAAUACCUUAUUUUAA